CCAAACUGCCCUUUUCCCCACGCUCCUCUCCAGCACAGAACAGAACACUCUCCGCGACGCUCCCAUUCCUCCCCGCGGCCACGCCUAGGGUUUCUCCCCUCCCAAACCCUCGCUCCCCGGCGAUGGCGAAGACCAAGCAGGGCAAGAAGGACGUCGACUCGUACACCAUCCGUGGCACCAACAAGGUCGUCCGAGUGGGCGACUGCGUGCUGAUGCGGCCGUCGGACACGGACAAGCAACCGUACGUGGCGCGGGUGGAGAAGAUGGAGGCCGACGGGCGCGGCAGCGUGCGGGUGCGGGUGCGCUGGUACUACCGCCCUGAGGAGUCCAAGGGAGGGCGCCGGCAGUUCCACGGUGCCAAGGAGCUGUUCCUAUCGGACCACUUUGACCUGCAGAGCGCCCACACCAUCGAGGGGAAGUGUGUCGUCCACUCCUUCAAGAACUACACCAAGCUCGACAAUGUCGGGCCUGAGGACUUCUUCUGCCGCUUUGAGUACAAGGCAGCAACCGGCUCGUUCACCCCUGACCGCGUCGCAGUGUAUUGCAAGUGUGAGAUGCCGUACAACCCCGAUGAUCUUAUGGUACAGUGCGACGUCUGCAAGGACUGGUUCCAUCCAUCUUGCAUGGGUAUGACCAUUGAACAAGCCAAAAAGCUAGAUCACUUUGUUUGCUCAGACUGUGCAAAGGAAAAUGGUUCAAAGAGGCAUUCAAAUGCAUAUGCUAUUUCACCAAAUUCUGAGCCUAAGGCUGAAUCAAAAAGGCAGAGGAGGUAACAACUCUGAGUACAAACAUCCAUCUCUGGGGAGAUGAGCUGCAUUUGCGGUGAAACAGCCCUUCAUAGCUGUUGCAAAAGUGGAGGUGUACAGUGCAGUAGAACAAGUGUUUGCAGAACCUGGACUCCGUUGUCUAUUUACUCGUCAAACAUGUUGUGCUGUUGGGGAACGGUUUUGUUCGUUUUAGUUGGUGUGGUGUGGUGUGCUAUUCUACGGUGUGCCGUCAUUGGGUGGGGGAAAGAACAGUCGUGGCGAUGACUUGCCAACCUAGUAGCAGUUUGUGCAUUGUGUUAACUCAAUUCCUGUCAACAAUUCCCUCUUUGGCUGAUAAAUCAAUUCAUGUAGGUUCCUA